AUGUCAAGCUCAUUUCAGCGCAUCAACGAAUAUGCGCACGCUGAGGCGUCGUCUAGCCACAGCAGUUCAGCGCGACAACCACAUGUUGAGGAUGGAGUGAGUGACGACGAGGCAGACUUGCUGGGGGACGAUCCAUUGCAUGAGGAUUUGGGAGCCAACAUUUCUUUCAAGCGCAAGAUUUACAAGCCUUCGAUAACAACUUCUGGUUUUCAUCUUCCGCGCUUCCUCCAGCGUGAUGCAGCCUCCUCAUCUUCGAGCCAGUCUGUAAAGCAUCCGCCUAAAAUUCUCAAUGCAAAUUCAAACACGCACGGCUAUAGGAGGCAAUGGCUAAACAAUGGCAACGCCUUGCCUUCCUUCGAUGCCCUCGACGUAAAGGACAGCACGACGGACUGGUACACCGAGGGGCCCGGCCGAAGAGUGGGCUACGACGACUUGACGGCAAUAGAUUGGAUCUUCGAGUAUGCUAAAGAACGGCAGCGUCUCCGUGUGCUAAACUCUUCCGCGACGGGUCUGGUCGGACAAAUUCGCCAGUUUGCCGACCGAAGUCAGAUCUGGAUUGUGCUUAUCGCGACAGGCAUAGCGGCCGGUCUUGUGGCAGCUUUCAUUGAUGUAGCAAGCGAUUGGCUGGCUGACUUGAAAGGUGGUGUCUGCCAGAAUGUGGAGCAUGGUGGCAGAUUCUACCUUAACCAGGCAUUCUGUUGUUGGGGCGCAGAUCGACUAGAGCAGUGCGUCGACUGGCGCAACUGGGGCACUGUGCUUGGCGUGAAGUCUGCGGGUGCCGUGUACAUUGUUGGAUACAUAUUUUUCCUGAUUCUUAGUGUGCUGUUCGCCGCAUGUGCUAGUAUACUGGUCAAGGACUAUGCGCCGUACGCAAAACACUCUGGCAUUCCUGAGAUCAAGACUGUGCUUGGAGGUUUUGUGAUCAGGAGAUUCAUGGGAGGAUGGACGCUGGUCAUCAAAAGUCUGGGACUUUGUCUAGCGGUCGCCAGUGGAUUGUGGCUGGGAAAGGAAGGGCCUUUGGUCCAUGUUGCUUGCUGUUGUGCGAAUCUCUUUGUGAAAGGCUUCAAAGAUAUCAACACAAAUGAAGCACGAAAACGAGAGGUCCUUUCCGCGGCAGCAGCGGCUGGAAUCUCAGUUGCCUUCGGCUCACCAGUUGGCGGGGUGCUAUUCAGCCUGGAACAACUGUCCUACUACUUCCCAGACAAGACAAUGUGGCAGUCCUUCGUGUGCGCUAUGGUUGCUGCGGUAACUCUUCAGGCGUUCAACCCCUUCCGCACCGGAAAGCUGGUUUUAUUCCAAGUCACGUAUCACAGUGGCUGGCAUGGCUUUGAGAUGGUGCCAUUCGCUCUAUUAGGAGUACUUGGUGGCCUAUAUGGAGGCUUGUUCAUCAAGUUGAACAUGAAAGUUGCUGAAUGGCGACGAGACAAACCAUUCUUUAAAGGACCUGUGGCUGAGGUCGUUGCAGUGGCCUUCGUUACAGCCUUGAUCAACUAUCCAAUUAAGUUCAUGCGAGCCCAAGCAUCUGAGCUCGUCUAUACACUCUUCGCUGAAUGUGUCGAUUUAAACGAGGAUCAGCUGGGCCUAUGCAAAUCCGGUCGGGCCAACACUGGGGUUAUGGCUUUGCUCAUCAUCGCUGCUGUACUUGGCUUCUUUCUUGCUUCCAUUACAUUCGGUUUACAAAUACCGGCGGGUAUCAUCCUACCGUCACUCGCAAUAGGGGCACUAUACGGUCGAGCCGUUGGCCUCAUUCUUGAGGUUUGGCAAGCAACACACCCCGAUUGGAUCGCUUUUCGCAACUGCGAACCAGACAUACCGUGUAUUACGCCUGGUACCUACGCCAUUGUUGGUGCUGCCUCGGCUCUAGCAGGCACAUCUCGCAUGACCGUCUCAAUCGUAGUGAUCAUGUUUGAGCUCACAGGCGCGCUGACUUACGUUCUCCCCAUCAUGAUUGCUGUUAUGAUCGGUAAAUGGGUUGGCGAUGCUAUUGAGGAGAAGAGUAUUUACGAGGCCUGGAUCCAGUUCAACGGCUACCCAUUCCUCGAUAACCGGGACGACAAUGCAGCGUCUGUUCCUGACAUACCAGCAAGCCAAAUAUACACACGCAUUGAGGACUUGGUGGUCAUUACAGCCACUGGACACACGAUACAGUCAUUGAAAGACCUCCUGAGAAACUACACCUAUCGCGGCUUCCCUGUAAUAAAUGCGCCAUCCUCUGCAAUUCUUCUUGGAUAUAUAUCUCGCACUGAGCUUGCUUAUGCUCUUGACUCUGCACUACAUGCCCCAAGAAAUCUCAGCCCUGAUGCCGAAACAUUUUUCUCACAUCAGCCUAUGGCUGACCCUAAUAUCACCCUUGACUUGAGGCCAUGGAUGGAUCAAACACCAAUUACACUCAAUGCUAAGGCAACCUUUCAGCUGACUGUAAACAUGAUUCAGAGACUGGGAUUGAGAUAUGUUCUCUUCGUAGAAAGAGGAGCCCUCAAAGGCCUUUUAACGAAGAAAGAUAUCUGGCUGUGCGUGACAAAGGAAUCUGGGAAAAUUGAGGAGAUCGUGGAAAGGGAAGCUCGCAGGGGAGUCGAAAAUGAAGACUCUGCGGGGCUUUUAGACGACGAAAGCCCGGUGGAUUUGAGAGACGAGCGGAAUGGUUCAUCCUGA